AUGGCGGAGGCGACAUCGUGCGAAACACGAUGGAACGCAAUAGUGGCUUCGUUCGAGAGAAACCACGUGAACUUAAAACUCAGUAAUCCUGACUGCCAGGAAGACAUUGAACUACUGGGGAAAGGACUACAAACGAUCGGACAGCUUAUCCAUAAUUCGCCCUCAACAAACGGAAACGGUGUAAUAGGGAACAAGCUGAUAUCAAAAUUCGAGGCAGAGAGGACAGUGCUGUCUAAGCACCUCGAGGGCAAGACGCUGUUUACAGCCAUGCUGCGCCUCUAUGCUGCCAUCCACAGGGAGAUGCGAGAGUCUCUCCUGCUGGAAGGGAAAGACGAUUCAGCCGAGGAGUUUCGCGAACAAAGGAGACGUAAGCGAAACUCCUCAGCAGAACAAUCUAAGAAACCAAAGCAAUCACCUAGCCCACGGGAACCUAGAUUAAAAUCGAAGGAGAAAGUUGAAAUUAGAAAUUUCUUCGCGCCCCUGAGGACGUCAGUGGGUCCCUAUGGUGAGACAUACCCAGCAAGUCAUGAUGCAAACCAGGCCAUGAAUGUAAAAGCUGAGGAAGUCUCAGACUCACAAGAGGAAGCGGAUCCUCUGCAAAUAACAGUUCAGGAAGUAAAGGCUGAACCUGAGGGUAAUUUGAAUGAACUUCAACCCAUACAUGGUGAGGAGCGACGAUAUUCCUGUGAUGAGUGUGGAGAUUCAUUCAGACAAGAGCAAAUUAUGAUAGCACAUCGACACAUACAUAGUGGGGAGCGGCCAUUUUGUUGUAUCGUGUGUAAUAAGUCAUUCAACUGUAAGAGUUAUCUAAAGAGGCAUCAGUGCAUACAUAGUGAGGAGCGGCCAUUUAUGUGUGAUGUCUUGGACUAUACCCCUUAA